ACUAAGGUUUCCUUUCAUUUUGGAAAAGGGGUCACUUCUCGGCUCAUUUGGACUGGGUGUUUUUUGUAAUUCCGUUAGAAUGGAGGCCGACUCCGAGUCCCGCAUCGACAGCAGCAGCGCUGACAGAACCAGCAGAAGCUCCAAUCUGGAGAGUUUAGGCUUGACACACUCCAAACUAGCGUAUGAUGGGAACUUUAUUCGCUCUGCUUCUGGUGCGUUGAUGGUCGGAGAAAUCGUGUUUGGGCUUUUCGUGUGGACUCUGAUUGGUGGAACGGAGUACCUGCAUGUUCCUGCGCUGCGCUGGGUAAUGUUUGUGUCAGUCUUUUACUGGGUGCUCACCGUCAUCCUCUUCCUCUUAUACCUGAUCACGCUCCACAUCAGGAUAACCUGGAUCCCUUGGAACAUUCUGGGAAUGUGUUUUCACGGCAGUGCCACUGUAUUGUACCUAAGUGCAGCUGUGAUGGGGACGUUAUCUUUGAAUGUGGCCAAUAGAGGGCGCUAUUACUUCAUCUGCUGGGUGGCAUCAACGAUAUUUGCCUCACUGGCGACACUAUGUUAUGCAGGAAAUACAGCUGUGAAUUUUAAAUCCUGGAGAUCAAAAAGCGAAGAUACAUAAGCUUUUUUCAGAUUAUACAUAACAAGAGUUUUGAUGUUAAAGUAAAAAUCCAAAAAUAUAUGUAGCAUUGUUCUUAUAAAACUUUGACAGAAGAUUUCACAAUCAAUUUUACAUCGGAAAAUUAUAAGGGGGUAAAUAAGUUUUAAAGGGGACCUAUUAUGCCAUUUUUUGCAAAAUGUAAAAAAAGUCUCUGAUGUCCCUAGAAUUUUGUGUGAAGUUUCAGCUCAAAAUACCCCACAAAUAACAUUUUAUAUCUCUUUGAAACUCCCUUUUAGUCUUUAAUCCAAAUUGAGCCGUUUUGUUGACUGCCAAUUUAAGUUAAAAUGAGACUGUGCUCUUUUUCAAAAGGGGGCGGGGCUACAAACAUCAGGAUAGCAGCAGAUUAAAAGCAGGACUAACGUUAUCUGUGUAAAAAAAAAAUCUAAAUGUCAAAAGAAGUGGCUCAGAAGACAUAUAAUGCUUCUUAGUCGCUGACAUUAUCUUCAGCACGUACGGUAUGAAAACUCAGAUGGCUGCUUCUCACUCAGGGCUGUUUAUUAAUUACGGAAGAGAUCGUCACUGGGUGCGACUUUCCCUCUCUGAGAGAGAGAAUGUUAAUCAAAGUGUUUCUGCAGACUAUCUUUGUAAAGUGUGAUUAUUAAAAAAAAUUAUAAUUAUUUUUUACCUUUAGAAGAUGGCUUUUUGCCUCACAACUGUGUUUAAACCCCUUAUAAAAGUGAUUUUUGCAUAAUAGUUCCCCUUUAAAAGUACGCUGUUGCUUUACCCUGAAUCACUACAGUAAGCCCACUUUAAAGAUUUUAAUUCAGAGAGCUGAAUUAAUUGGAAGUUACAGGAUGCCUUGAUAUAUUAUUGCUUGUUUGCAUUAAACAAAGACAAAUGAAGAGUUGGUACAGCACUUUGUAUUGAGUAAAACAAUGCUAAUGUGUAUUCUUUGACUUGAAAUGUAGAUGUUUGAAUAAAAUUCAAUUUAAAAAUGUAGAAAUUUAUGCUUCAACCAUGAACUCCAUGUACCUAUUACAAAAAAGCUGUUGUGUAUUGGUGUACAUUAUAAUAUAUACAGUUGAAGUCAGAAUUAUUAGCCCCCCUGAACUAUCAGUUCCCUGUUUAUUUUCCCCCCAAUUUCCGUUUAACAGAGGGAAGAUUUUUUUUCAACACAUUUCUAAACAUAAUAGUUUUAAUAACUCAUUUUUAAUACCUGAUUUAUUUUAUUUUUGCCAUGAUGACAGUAAAUAAUAAUAUUUAGCUGGAUAUUUUCAAAACACUUCUAUACAGCUUAAAGUGACAUUUAAAGGCUUAACUAAUUAGGUUAACUAGGCAGGUUAGGGUAAUUAAGCAAGUUAUUGUAUAAGGAUGAUUUGUUCUGUAGAAUAUGAGGAAAAAAUAUUGCUUAAAAGGGCUAAUAAUAUUGGCCUUAAAAUGGCUUUUAAAAUUUUAAAAACUGCUUUGAUUCUAGUCAAAAUAAAGCAAAUAAGACUUUAAGAAGAAAAAAUAUUAUCAGACAUACUGUGAAAAUUUCCUUGCUCUAUUAAACAUCAUUUGGGAAAUAUUUAAAAAAAGAGAAAAAAAAAUGAAAGGGGGGCUAAUAAUUCUGACUUCAACUGUGUAUUUCUUUAUUUAAAAUGUUUUUAAAACAUGUUUCCCCCUACAUCUCAUGAACACAGUCAUUUUAGGAUGUACAUAAAAUGUAUUAUGAUGCCGCUUAGUUUUGUCAUGUAUAAUGUAUGUAUAUGUUGUGAUCUAUUUAUUGAAAUGUGGCAUGGA